UGUCAAACUUCUCUGAAGGGGGUCAAUGCACAUUCAUCCAGCGUGGGAAAGCGAAGAAGCGACGGAGCUCACAGUCAGACGUUUCAUUUUCCCCGGAUAAAUAUAUAAAGUAGUUAAAACGGGAAAACGGAGAAGAGCUUGUCGAAAAUAUCACGCAUUUGUCCUAUGACCUCCCCAAAAAAGUUGCAGUAGGCAUAGUUUUUUUGUGUGGAAUACGCCCCCCCCCCCCCGUUUUUCAGUUGCUAUGCUUGAGCUGCAGUUGUAGAGGUGGAAGGGAAAGGCUGAGGGAUGGGGGUUCAGAAGCCUGCACCAUCCAACUACCUGUGUGGCCCCGCGUGAGUACAGGGAUGAUCUGUGUAAAAUGCUGUUUAGCCUGUCCAAAGGAAGCAUGUUUUAUUAUUUCAUGGACCAAGGCUGCGACCUUCACUGAAAACAUAAAAUAGUCAAAGGCGUUGCACGUUCCAACAUACUUUCUGUGAGGAUGGCUUUGUAAAAACCCUGGCUCGUCACAUUCGUCGGGAUUCCCCGCAUUAUUCUCGACAAGGAAAAUAACCUGCAAAAUGGACAAAGAAAGCGAGGCACAUCUAUACGAACCCGUCGCCGAGAUUGGCGAAGGUGCUUACGGAAAGGUGUACAAGGCAAGGGAUUUGAAAAACGGGGGGCGCUUUGUAGCUCUAAAAAAAGUUCGGGUGCAGACUGAGGAGGAAGGGAUGCCCCUCUCGACCAUCCGCGAGGUGGCGGUACUGAGGCAACUGGAGGCAUUCGAGCACCCCAACGUGGUCAGACUCUUUGAUGUGUGCACUGUGUCUCGGAACGACCGCGAGACCAAGCUCACCCUGGUCUUUGAGCACGUUGACCAGGACUUGACCACGUACCUGGAAAAAGCACCUGAUCCAGGGGUGCCGCCUGAAACAAUCAAGGACAUGAUGUACCAGCUGCUACAGGGACUGGAUUUCCUGCACUCUCACCGUGUGGUCCACCGAGACCUCAAACCCCAGAACAUCCUGGUCACCAGCGGAGGACAGAUCAAACUGGCUGAUUUUGGCCUGGCUAGGAUAUACAGUUUUCAGAUGGCCCUGACCUCCGUGGUGGUGACGUUGUGGUACAGAGCUCCAGAAGUUCUUCUCCAGUCCAGCUACGCCACCCCAGUUGACCUGUGGAGUGUGGGCUGUAUUUUUGCAGAGAUGUUUAGGAGAAGACCUUUGUUCCGGGGAAACUCAGACGUUGAUCAGCUGGGCAAGAUUUUCGAUGUUGUCGGAGUUCCCUCUGUGGAGGACUGGCCCCAAGAAGUAGCUCUACCACAGACUGCCUUCACUCCACGACCUCCGACCCCAAUCGAAGGCCUUAUCCCAGACAUGGACGAGCUGGGGAAGUCCCUUCUACUUCAAUUCCUGGCUUUCAACCCAUCUAGGAGGAUAUCAGCAUUUGCUGCUUUGACACACCCCUACUUUCAGAGUGUGGAUAGUGACAGCCGUAGGUUGUAUGCACAGCCCAUCGCCAGCAACAUGCCCACUAUGGAGGAGCAAGCUGCCUGACAGCCCCCAGAGAGAGAGAGAGAGAGAGAGAGAGAUCAAGACAGUGAUAUUUUACAAAAUGUACCUGGUUUGAAUGCUGCUUUUUAGGAUACUUAAAAGAAGAAAAAGAAGAAAAAAAAUGUGGUAACAAUGCAAGAACCCAUGAAGCUGAGAUGUGCUACCAAAAGGGGGGAGCCUCUGGAACUUCCAGGAGCUGCUUCCUCCAGUCGUGCCUUGGUCUGAGAACAGGCUUCUUGGUGGGGGAACACAUCGACAUUCACCUCAUCAGGAGAGCAACCCCCACGACUGAACUGAGAGAGACACAUAUAAACACAAACACACACGUUCAUUCAAUGCAGGAGGACCUCAUAAUUCCUUGUGGGACUCAUGGUAAAAGAAUUGCUUGUGUUUUGAUAUCACUGCCACCUACAGGCUGUCCUGUGUUACUGCAGGCCAGAGCAGGAUUCUGGUGGGAUUUCGCCUCAUUGAACUUUUUGAAUGGCUAGAAUGAAGCACUCUAGAGGAGAGAUUGAAUACAGGUUCCUCAUACGGCAUCCGUACUUCAGUGUCAGAAGCUUUGAUGACAUGUAGUGGGUACCACCCGAGGCUCUGUGUUCUACUCUCUGUAGACCUGAAUCACAGAGCAUAAUAGGGGGACUGUGAUGAGCUAGAAUAAUGCAUAUUCAGUGCUUGCAAGUUGCAGUACCCUGUGUAUUUAUUGGGGCAGUUAGGCUUUUUUUUACUCUAUACUCCAAAACGUGUGGCCCUGAAAUGAAAUGAUUAUUACUAGGUUAAAAUAUAGAUUUAAACUAUACUUUUUUUUUAGCUUGUAUUUGUGCGUGUACUGGUUUAAUCUUUUCAAAAUGGCAACACCGUUUUAGAAAAAGCACCAAACAUAUUGGGGAAUUUGGCUUGGUAAAUACGUGCCAUCCUGACAAUAUGUCAAUACCUAGUUCUGAAGUCAAACAAAGCCUUUAUGAAAGCAUUAGCGACAUAUCCAAAACUUUGGGCUUACCAAAACUUUGGAACAGUAAGAAAAGGAAAAGAAGGGAAGCACUGGUAAGCUCAGAAAUGACUAACGGCCUGAUAGACAAAGGAGAAAAAAACUGUUAAGAAUCACUAACCAGGAAAUAGGUGGGGAUGUGCAAGCCACUAUCCUGCGCAGGAGAUACACAGCAAGAGCAGUGCAGUACAUACACCUGGAGGUGCAAACCACUAGUUGGCCUCAAAAACAGGUUGAUUUGAAGGAACUGGCCAAGAUCUUCAGCAUACUACCUCAUCCAUGAAAUAUUGUGGAUGGGGUGUUAUGGUUUAGCCUUGUAUGGCUACCACUAGAAUUAGCUCAGUUGUCUUCAUUCAUUUUACAGAACCAUUUUGUCAGUUGAAGUGCAAGCAAAUUGCCUCCAAACUCGAAAGGCAAAAUUGUCUCAAAACAACAUCUGAAGAUGUCUGCAGAACAGGCUUUGCAGAACAGGCUUUGUAGAACCGGCUUUGCAGAGCAUAACUAAAGAACAUAACAUAACUGCAUAGUAAUUGAUUGAUUUCAAAUCCAAGCAUUUUGAGUAUAGAGUCAAAAGAAGAAGAAAGAACUUCCUGUACCAAUUAUUACAGAAGACACUGUAUGUAUACAGUACCUAUACGAAUAUAUAGUACAUGUAUGUAUAUAUAGUGCCCUCCAGAAUUAUUGGCACCUUUGGUAAAUUUGACUGUGAAAGAAAUAUCUUGCACCUACACACAUAAAUCAAUACCUUAAAUGACUCAACAUUAUUUUAAUCAAAAAAAAUAUGAUGAACAAGCAUUUUUCACAUUUUGUGAUGGUAUAUUCAGGGUGCCAAUAGUUCUGGGGGGCGCUGUGUGUAUAUAUAUAUAUAUAUAUGUAAAUAUAUAUUUGCACUAUUCAACAACAUUACAUCUGGCAUAAAAGUGUAGUUCUGUAUUUCCUAACUUAAGUUUAUUGGUUGAUGUCUUAUUUCCUAUUUUGUCUUAAUUUUAUUGGACUAACAUGUAGAUAAACCGAGAUAAGAAUGGUUUUACAAUGUGAGACAUGUAGAAUUGGUCAGGUUAUAGACUGGGAUAGUGUUGGAUACUGCCUUGUAUUCCCCAGCAGCGGGUUUGACAUGGAUAUUCAGCACAUGUAGAUGUGUAGUGGGACAGAAGUAGGGUUAGUGUAGGUUUUGGUCAGGGAAACGUGAGUUUCUGUUGAAAGAAAAAGGUAGAAAGGUAUGUUGGAUUAAGGGGAUCAUCAGGGGUUGGACAUUCUUUCAUUUGGACUGAUUCUCCUCCUCGUGUAACAUAGACACAUACUGUGGGGUAAUGUUGAGAAAUACACAAAUGUUUGUCACAGAUGUGUUGUUUUUAACAUUGAUUCCCACCUUACUGAUUACUCCGAUGGCAUAUUGAUUCAGUAUAACUAACUGGGAAUCUCUGAUAGCAGGUCAAGGUAAAUAGUGUAUGUUUGUUUUCUUGUUUGUUUGUGAAACCUCUUAAGGCACAGUAAUACAUGUAGACAGACACUUUCACUCUGGUAUAUAUAGUGCUGCUAGCACACACACAGACUCAGGAUCUUCUAACUGAAAUCAGAAGUCAAUCUGACACACUUUGCACAUUCAGGAUUAGACUGCAACUCUUUCAGGUUUUCGUUCACGUGGAUGUUGAUGUCAGUGCCACAGAAUGACCGUGCAUCUGUAAUUAUCUUACAGGAUUCAUUGCUGUGUGAAUCAAACUGCACGUUUUGUAUAAUACGUUUCACAUCCUACUUGUUUUUCCAUGUCUGGAUGAAUAUUGUUUUAUCGACUAUAUGUUUGUUUGUUUUUCACAACAACAAAAAAAAAGAUUAUUUAGCCAAGAGGUGUUUUAUACUGAUCCAUGUCCUGUCAGUCACUCAGCACUGAUGAAUACUGAUUUCACAUUACAACUCCCUACAAAGAGGAAUUGUUAAGCUGCCUUGGUAUUGGUCAGUUAAACAUACUUCUAGGUCUCAGAAUAAGUAGGCUAUGAUCGUUGUAGUCUAUAUACACUUGAAAUUAUCAUUCUUAUGUUUUUUUUGUUUAAUAGGGGCUUUGGUCUUAAAACAUGGGACAGACUUUCAGCAUUGUUUUGUAGGCUUCAUUUGUACAACCACAUGUGAGGGGGUUAGUGAUUACCUAUGAUGACAGAAAUGACCUAUACAUAAUGCAAUUGUUUCAUGAUUAUUUUUGCCUAUAAAUAGUACUGAAAAAGUAAAUUAGCAAAUUUUUAAAGCUUCAAGGAUGACAGUAAAGGCCACAAAUGUAUUUGAAAUGCACACUUGUACAAUGGUAAUUUCAUUUAAAAUGAUGACGUGGAUGUUUUAGGCAUUGCAUUUACAUGAAUAAAUGUCAGCAGUGGUGAUGGCUUAUGUUCCACCAUUUGAAUAAAAUACAAAAAUCACCUUUG